CUACAAUAUCAUUUUUAAUUUAUCUCAUCAUUCUACAUUCACAUCGAAACAAAACAUCUCAAACAAUCCUCUACUUGAAACCCAUCAAUUCUAGGAAAAGUAAGUCUAUUACAACAGUAAGUCCACUUUUGCAAAAUGGACAGAAUUAAUCGACAAGCUCGCCUCAGGGCAAUAACUGGGCCGAAUGGUUUUAACGAAGUUUUAGCACCGGAAAAAUACAUCGAACGCGGUACCGCAGUGCUCCUCGCCAACCAAAAUGCCCUCACCAUGAAUCCACGCAGAGAAAUUAACUAUCCUAGCUGGCACGAACGAUACGUGAGUGACCCCUUGAAGCACGGAAUUAAAGUCCCAGCAUGCUGGAGAGAGGACGAAGCGGGCUUUAUCUUCUCCGAUGCAGAACUGCAGAUUGACGGGUCAGGACCACAAUGGUCUGAAUACAGUUUCUUCACUAAAAAAGUAAAUGAGAUGGAUAAUUUAAAUAUGGUUCUUCCUGGGUAUACUGGCUGUGUAGCCGAAGUUCAUGCAUCUCCGAAAACAGGAACAUUGGUCAUAAAAUUCCAGGAUGCAAAGGCCGAUUGGGAUCCUGAUACGAAUUAUGAGCGUCUGUAUAAUAGUGAACUCAUUUAUCAAGCCUGGGGAGACGCAUGUACUGUGCACUUGGCUAAUAACCCGGGUGAUUUCUGUUUUAGAAAGUUGAGGUAUGUUAUCAUUGAUAAUAUCAUCAACCAGGGAACUCUUUGGACGAUUCAGGAUGUACUCAUAGCCGAAGGUGUUUCGCCAGUGUCGAUUAUGGCGGGUAACAAGGAGAGGAUUACUUUUGAAAGAGGCGACGACAACACAUGUAGUGAAUGGUUCAAGAUGUUAAUUGGAACCGCGAACGGAAGGCCUGUGGCCAGAAUGUGUGCGGAUCAUGCGCAGGCUUUGGGUAAACAGGUAAGGAAGAUUUAUGCCUGGUAUCAUUGCCCCCGAGAAAUGGUUGGGGCGUUAGUUUUUGAAUUGGAGGACGUGGAGCCUGUGGCCAUACCAGCCGAUCUCGCCCAGAGAAAACAGACCAGGAGGGAUAAAUUGAAGGCAUUCGGUAAGUCAGUUGUAGGUUCAAUCAAGAAGCAAUUCCGGGAUUGAAUAUUUCGACUGAGUACUUUCCUUUUACUCUUUGAAAGCGCUGGCGCUUGCUAAGUGAUUUCAAUUUUUCCAAUUUUUCCUAGUUCGGAGUUAAAUCAGUCUGGGUCUAUGAAUAUAUAAAUAUAAAAAUUGAAAACAAAAUACAAUUUCCUUGAUAGUAUGAUAAUAUAGUGAAUGCGAGUGUGAAGUCAAGACGCCCCAAUGUGAGAAUUAUAAUACACUGCCAUUGUACUAAUAUAUUACAGCAAAAGAUAUCAAAUCCGUGGAAAUCGACAUUCAA